AGAAUGAAAUUUGAGCUGAAAUUCUGGAUCUGAGAGCUUGGGAUUUCCAAGAAACUACGCAGUGGCAGUCGUUUAUUAGAGAAAUCAAAUGAAAUAAAAGUGAAAUCUGGCCCCUGAGUAAUGAGGGUUUUGCGAGAUUCUUGGUGUUUCUGCAACGGCGGAGGGAAGACGGAGCGAAUGAAGGCCUCCAUCUUCUCGAGCAAAGGUCCGGCAAUGGCUCAAAUAGCCUCCUGUAACGGCGGCGGCGGUGGCGGCACUGGGUUUUUGAUCCACCGGAAUCUCCUCCUCACCACCCACCUCAACCUCCCUUCCGCCCCUUCUGCCGAGGCUGCCGAGAUCCGCAUCCAAAACGGCGCCGCAGCUUGCCUCUUCCCUCACAGGUUCUUUAUAACUAGCACUGUACUGGAUCUGAGUAUAGUGGGCAUCGAUGCCGUGGAUGGAGAUGCAACCGGGCAGCCGCAUUUUCUAAAAACAUGUUCGAAACCGAAUCUCGAACUAGGAAGCUUAGUUUACUUACUAGGAUACAACAGUGAGAAAAACGAGCUAACGGUUGGGGAGGGGAGGGUUGUAAUAGCCACUGACAAUCUCAUAAAGCUCUGUACGGAUGGGUUAGCGUGGAGCCCGGGCUCGGCCGGUUUUGAUGUUCAUGGAAAUCUUGCAUUCAUGGUGUGUGAUCCUAUGAAGCUGGCUACCACAUCUCCAAACUCAAGGUCAUCAUCUACAACAUCAUCGUCUUCAUGGAAGAAGAACGAUAGCACGUGUAGUAUGCAAUUUGGCAUACCGAUCCCAAUUAUAUGUGACUGGUUAAACCAGCACUGGGAGGGAAACCUUGACGAACUCAACAAACCCAAGCUGCAGUUGAUGAGAUUGGUGGUGUCUGGUGGUGGCGGGGGGCACCAAAGGAGUGACCAUUCUUGUGGUUCCUUCACGAUGAGGCAAGUCUUCAAAGGUGAGAUAAUUGAGGGAACCCCAACAUCCUCAAACUCGCCGCCAUUGUUGAGACCCAAAGAGUCUCUCGUUGGUCCAAGUGGCUUGGCGACAACAACAGAUCAACACGGAAUCCCAACUCCUGAGAUUUUUGAGUCGCCAAAGGUAACUUCUUCUAUAGCCGCGAGGAAGACGGAGAGCAUUCCAAAACAUCAGCUUUUGGAUAUCAACUUCCCACCAAAGUAUUCUCCGGGUUCCAAACGAACACCAAGAGUUUCCAAAGCAACAGCUGUUGCUUCCCCUCAAUUUGCAAGGAAAAUGCCUUCAAACUACCACGAAAAGGUUUGUGGUGAAAAGUCAAGUGAUGGCUCAAAUGCUGAGAUUGCAUCUAUAGGGUCGAUAAAUGGGCCCCACAGUGAUGUCCAAAGUUCAUCCCCCGUCGUUGAGGCAUCAGAGAUGCUGCAACAACAAUCUGACAAUUAUUACAGUAGCGAGGGGGAGACGACCACAAUGUACUCUGCAGAAACUGCAGAAAGCCGUAAUAUUCCAAGAAGUAGUCAUCCUCCUCCUCCUCCUGGAGGGGGGAAGGCAGUGGGGAGGAGCCAGAGUUGCAUGAAUUACUCCAACAGAUGGGGGGCUGCUGUCCAAACCAGUUCAUCAGCUGCACAUAGGAGGAGGACGACUCCCGAGAAGGGCAGAAUGGUCUAUUCACACGGAGCAACAGCUUCACAGAGAAGCAACGACUUCUUUAGCCCCACGGUUUCUUCCAUCAUGAAGAAACGAAUCAACCUCGAGGUGGGGCCCAGGCCCAACAGGAUGCCACGUCACACUCCAAUAAACGCAUCCUCUCCCAGAUGGAUGUUCUAAUGAAGCUCUAACAGCUGACACAGCCCCUCGGACAGCUGAGGCUUGUGGAGCUUCGCCAUGACGGGUUAAGAGAGGGAGUUUUGGCAUUUCCCUUCAAGAAUUGUAGUAACAAUUUACUCCAUAUAUUGUAGAGGUCAUAUGGACACUCAGAGACUGAAUAGGGUUAUAAAAUGCCAUGCUUGUUUUCAUUUCUUUUCUAGCUAUGUUAUUGUUCUUUUGUCAUCAAGGAUCAAUGUCAUAACAUGACACCAGUCCAUUUUAGAGCCUACAGUAUUCUGUUCGACUCAUAAGUGUUUCCUGCCCCUCUAAACUCGUACACAUGUCCUUUGCCCUCCACCCUCCCCGUUUAGAUUAUCGCCCAAUCGGUGAGGGGGUACGGGGAUGCAAGGGCAGGUUAGGAGAGAUAAUAAAUACUUCAAAGGUUA